CGGUCGGUCGAGGUCUCUCCCUCGCGGUUCUUGAGUUUCAUCAGAAUGCGUAUUCUUUCGCUGUUUGUGGCGCUGAUCUUCAGCUUGUGUUUUUGUGAUGGCUACAAGUUCCUGAUGGUCUUGAAUUCUCCAGGACGAUCGCACUUCAAUGUGGGGCAUGCCUUGGCCAAGGGCCUGGUGCAGGCGGGUCAUGAAAUCACAGUGGUUUCUGUGUUUCCUCUGAAGAAACCCAUGCCUGGUUAUCAUGACAUCUAUGUGCCAAAUGUGAUAGGGGCUAUGAGGGGAGACCUGGCCGCCCUGUGGCAGUCCAUACAGAAACCUCUCACCCAAAAGCUAAUAGAUCAUUAUCAUAUGGGUUUUCGCCUCACACGAGCACUCUUUGUGGACCCCAAUUUUCAGGAUCUGUUGAAAAGCAAUCGAACUUUCGAUGCCGUCAUCUGCGAGACCUUCUACAACGAUGCCCACUAUGGUUUGGCUGAACAUUUCCAGGCCCCACUCAUUGGCCUGAGCACGGGGGGAGGACUGACCUUCAUCACGGAUAUGGUGGGCUCCCCAGCUCCCGCUUCGUUUGUGCCCCACAUAAUGUUGCCCUUCAACGAUCACAUGUCGCUGUAUGAGCGCCUGGUCAAUGUGGCUUUUCUGGCCUAUGAACGUCUCCUGCUGGACUACUACUAUCUGCCCGGUCAGGAGGCGCUCUAUAAGGAGUUCUUCCCCGAGAACAAACGCUGCUUUUAUGAGAUGCGCCGUAAUGCCUCGCUGGUGCUCAUCAAUCAGCAUGUAUCGCUGAGUUUUCCACGUCCCUAUGCGCCCAACCUGAUUGAAGUGGGGGGCAUGCACAUCGAUGGAAAGCUCAGUCCCCUGCCCGCGAAGAUUGAGAAGUUUCUCAACGAAAGCGAACAUGGAGCCAUCUACUUUUCGAUGGGCUCGAAUCUCAAGAGCAAGGAUUUGCCGCCGGAGAAAGUGCAGGAAAUACUCAAGGCCUUCAGGGGCCUCAAGCAGCGUGUGCUGUGGAAGUUCGAGCUGGAAGAUCUGCCAAAUAAACCGGAUAAUCUGUUCAUCUCAGACUGGUUCCCGCAGACGGAUAUACUGGCCCAUCCCAAGGUCCUGGCCUUUGUCACCCACGGCGGUAUGUUGAGCACCACAGAGUCCAUAUAUCAUGGAAAGCCCGUCAUCGGUCUGCCGAUCUUCAGUGAUCAGUUCUUCAAUAUGGCCCACGCCGAACAGACCGGCUAUGGUAUUAUGUUGGACUUCAAGUCACUGAAGGCUGCAGACCUCAAGGCAGCCAUCGAGAGGAUCACCAGUGUGCCCUCUUACACGGAGGUUAUCCGCGGCAUGUCCUUCCGGUAUCGCGAUCAGCAGCAGACUCCUCUGAAGAACGCCGUCUACUGGGUGGAGCAUGUGACCCGCCAUCAGGGAGCCGCCUACCUGCAGAGUGCCGCUCAGAGGUUGAACUGGUGGCAGUAUCACAAUGUGGAUGUCCUGCUGAUUAUCUUUGGAGUAGUGAUCCUCCUGCUGGUUGCUCUGCCGCUUGCUAUUUGGCGACUGCUAAGGGGGGUCUUUGGAGGCGGGAAAACACAACCCCAAGGGGAAAAGAGAAAACGCAACUGAAUUUUAGUUUAAUUUCAAUAAUAAAAGAUCACUUGAAUGAC